AUGACGGAUGACCAAGCCUUGCACGGCGUAGCCGUGUCACACAGACGUACAGAGCCCAUCUGGGUUUCGCAGUCCCAUAUCGUCAUUUUUUGCACCUCUGUGCUCUUCCUUGUUCACACGGGCGCAAAACGCCUGCGGGGCGUUUUGACGAAUAUGAUACCUCGACUUCGAGUCGAUCUAGGCCAACGGUCGAUUUUCACACAAAGCAUGCGUGGCAUGAUGGAUAGCAUCGCUCUUAUUCCUAUCAUGGCCAUGUUCUUCGUUUUGGACGUUUUACCUGAAACGAGAUGCAAGGCAGCAGGCAAAACCGGUGCGGUGGCUUUCAUUGUCGAUUAG